GCCGGGAGGAGGCUGGGACGGCCGUUAAAUAACGGCGCCCCGCCUCCUCCUCCAGGCCAAUCUCAACCACUGCCGCGCGGCACAGGACAUGAUGUCCCAAGUCCUCGCGGAGUGGGGGGUUGGCCUGGCGGUCGCCGCCGAGCCGUACCGCGUGCCGGAUCACCCACAUUGGGUGGGCGACGCGGACGGUUUGGUGGCGACGGUAUGGGGAGGUGGCGACGGGUCCCCGCCGUUCUCCAUUCUGGAGCGCGGUCGGGGUUUCGUCGCCGUGGACUGGGGGGGAGUCGCCGUAGUGGGGUGCUACAUCUCGCCCCGCAGCGGUCACGCCGCGUUCGAGCUGUACUUGGCCGAGGUCGCGGCAUGCGUGCAGCGCUGCGCGGCCCGGCCGGUGCUGGUCCUGGGGGACUUUAACGCCAAGUCGGUGGCUUGGGGAUCCCCUAGGACCACCGUUCGCGGCGGGAUCCUGGGCGACUGGGCGGCGGGGCUCGACCUUCGGUUACUGAACCGGGGGUCGGAGCACACGUGCGUGCGGCGAUAUGGGGGGUCUAUCGUGGAUGUUGGAUUCGCGACCCCCAACGCCGUGCGCAUGGUGUCGGGUUGGCAGGUGGCCCCGGAGGCAGAGACACUCUCCGAUCACCGGUAUAUCCGGAUGGAGGUCUCUGCCGCCGGGGCUGCGUCCCGGCACCGCCGCCCGGAUGGCACCCCACCGCGCCGCUGGGCGCUUCGGCGCCUGGACAAGGACGCCCUGAUGGCAGCUGCCCUCGCUGCAACUUGGCCGCAGGUGGCGGCCGAGUUGCCAAGCAUGGAGGAGGAGGCUGCCCGGCUCGGGGUUGAGUCUGAAACAAUAGAGCUCGCACUAGAAGCAGUUAAGCAAAUCUUCAAUCAAAGUCCGGAUGAGCAUGUUAUAAAGUACGAACAGUACAAGGAGUUAAUACUUAAAGCCAAAGGGAAUCCGGGCAUUGUGCAGCUGGCACAAUCUUAUAUGGACAACCUCUCCUCGCUAGCAAAAAUGUUGCGUGAAACUUACCCCAGCAUAUCAAGUAGAUCCGUCAAAAAUAGAGUCUCGCGAAUUAUUAAAAAACUGGAACUGCAUGGUAGCUGGACUGAAGAAAAGGACGAGGAAGAACCUAUCUCGUCUCAGGACCCAGAAUGUGACACCGAUUGCUCCUUUUCAUCAGAGGAUGGCAUUUCCAUCAAUCCUCACAUCCAACUCUAA